AUGCUCGUCAAGUCCGCUUCCGCUCUGGCGGUCCUCGCCUUCGCCGCCCACGCGAGCGCCUCCGAGGCCAUGCCCUACAAACCCCUCAUGAGGAUGUCGGUGCGCCAGAUGUUCGGUUUAGUUCGUCGUCAGGAUGACGCGGGAUACCAGCCCACCCAGGCCGUUUGCGGCACUGGAAACACUUGCGCCGAAGCCUGCGGUGCCGGUUAUGAGGCUUGCUCAUCGUCCGACGAGAUGGUCCACUGCUUCAACCCUGGCGCCCAGACAUGUUGUCCCGACGCCUCGGGCAACUCGUGCGAUGCUGGCUAUUACUGCACGGCGGACACCGGAGGCGAGACAUGGUGCUGCCCCGACGGCAUGGACGUUGUCGCAUGUGCUGCAGCAUACAAUAUCGACGGUGGUCUUGUUUCGGAGACCCCCGAGCCGGCCACCUCGUCGGUCCCAAGCUCGACCUAUGCGCCUGCCACGACCUCUAGCUACAUCGCCGUCUCCAGCUACACCCCCUCCAAGAACGCCACCGUCACCGCAACUGGGUACAAUACAACUACCUCCUGCCCCGUUAGCACUGUUGGCCCCUCAGCAAGCUACCCAGCCCAGAAUGCGACGGCGACACAGUUCACUCCCAGCGGCUCACCGUCGCCCACUGAGGUCACUGUUAGCGGCGCCAGUGUCGCCGGUCCCGCCGGUGUGCUGGCUCUCAUCGCAGCUGUUGGUGUCGCUGUUCUUCUCUAG